AUGAAGCUUUUUUUGACUAUCGUGGAUCUUCUUCCACUGGCACUGGCUGCCAAGGACCUGAAGUCUGUUAUUAUUACUUAUCCCCAGGGCACACCUGAUUCGGUCAUGGACCAGGCCAAAGAGUCCCUGAAGGCUUCUGGUGGCGUCAUCACUCAUGAAUACAAUCUGAUCAAAGGGUUUGCCGCUGAGGCUCCCGCGAAGGCUCUUGAUAUUGUAUCCACCCAGUCAGACGACCACAAACCCAAUAUCGAAGAAGAUCAGACCGUGACGAUCAAUCGAGACUCUGUGGGUGAGGAGCACAGCUUUUAA